AUGUCGACAAACAAAUCAGUCCAGCUCACGCAGCGUGAGCAGCAGCUUCGGCUUCUGUUAAUAAAUGUUGCCAAAUUCAUCGAUACAACGGCCAAGCUCGACCAGCCGCUGGUGCUGCGUUGGGCGGGAGGUUGGGUGCGGGAUAGGCUGUUGGGAAGAGAGAGCCAUGAUAUUGACGUCGCAAUCAAUGCCAUGACCGGACAGCAAUUCGCACAGCACCUCUCAGAGUAUUGCAAACAACCCGAUGCCGCUCAGACUCAUGGAUUUGCCCCUGGAGACAUCGGCAGGCUUCAUCACAUCGCAAGCAACCCGGACAAGUCCAAGCAUCUUGAGACCGCCAUGGUCAAGUUGUUUGGCAUGGACCUGGAUUUUGUCAACCUUCGCAAAGAGACGUACGCCGAAGACAGUCGCAACCCUCAGAUGGAGUUUGGCACUGCGGAGGAAGAUGCACUUCGGCGUGACGCCACCAUAAACGCCCUGUUCUAUAAUUUGCACACAGAGCAGAUUGAAGAUUUCACUGGCGGUAUCCGCGACAUGGAGGCAAAGACAAUCCGAACUCCCCUGGAGCCUUUCCAGACAUUCAUGGACGACCCUCUAAGAGUCCUGCGCCUAAUUCGGUUCGCUGCUCGGUUGGGUUUUACCAUAGACGUAGAGUCAGAAAAGUUCAUGAGCGAUGAUAGGGUACUUGAGGCUCUCCGGAAAAAAAUCAGCCGCGAAAGGCUGAUUGAUCGCCUUGGCCUCUAUCAGGCCAUCUUCAGCGACCCGCUACAAGAAAACACAUCGAUGCCCGCCAUAUCCCGAUGGCACGUUGCGUAUAGUUGCCUCGACGAAUUGUUGCGGAAUCAUGAUCCCGGAUCAAUAUGCCAGGUACUUGUUGAUCAUGGUGAGGGCACAUACUUGGCAUGGAAUCUCGCCGCUGUUAGCCCCUGGAUUCCUGUAGAAGAUCGUUCGGGCCGCAAGCAGAAAGCGAAUGCCCUACCCCCUGUUGGUAUCAUUGCUCGCGAAGGAUUUAAAGCUUCGAAUAAACUUACGACCAUCAUGGCGGCCUGUCACAAACAUCGUGUCGAGAUUCUUGAACUGAAAAAGGCAGUGUGCGAAGUUGCACCGACAAUACAUGAGCGAGACUCGGUCGGCAUGGCCAUCAGAAAGUGGGAAUCAGUGGGCGGGAACUGGAAGCUCCAGGUCCUGGGAGUGAUACUGGUUGAUGCCAUGGAGCAGCUUAAGGACUUUCCUGUAGGAGAUAAUAAAGACCGUGACGAAUUUAUUCAUGGAUGGGACAAAUUCCUCAAACAUCUCGCUGAGCUUGACGUCUACGACGCUCCAAAUCUGAAGCGUAUCAUAGAUGGCCGCGCUCUGGCUAAAGCACUGGGCAUCCCGCCAGGCAUUUGGAUGGGCAAAGCUUUGGACAUAUGCAUGGCUUGGCAGCUACGAAAUCCUGAUGAAACGAAUCCGGAUGGAGCCAUACAGGAGGUCAGAGAUAAAUCGCAGGAACUUGGCAUAACUCUGGCAAAGUAGAUCAGAGAAAGUUGGGAAUGGAAAAAAAAAAAAAAAAGAUCAGCCAGUAUUUUGCUCCAUCCAAAGAAAAUUAUAUACGCAAACAAUAUAUCUCUACUAAUUUCU